AUGCGCCCCAGUUACAUCAGCCUCCUCGGCGACAGAAGGCCUCUCGCCGCACGCAAUGUCGAAGCCGCCAAGGCCGAGAUUGCCCACAACGAAAAUAUGAGUGUCGAAGCUUUGUCUUUUUCCGUCAACGGUUUACUGUUGGAGGACGAGACGUUGUUGGCGGGCGAUAUUAUUGUUGCUGCCGAAGUUGACGGUGGUGCUAAGGGCAAGAAGAAGAAGAAGAACUACACCACACCCAAGCACGUUUCUCACAAACGUAGAAAGGUGAAGCUUGCCAUCCUGAAGUAUUACUCCAUCAACGACGGCAAAAUUCAGAACCUCCGCACCAACUGCAUUGGCAACUGCCCCGAUGGCGUCAAAAUGGCCAUCCACCACAACCGUUCUCACUGCGGUCGCUGCGGCAUCACCAUGUUCAAGGAAGAUGCUUAA